GCCGACGAAGAAAUACCCCCCMCCCCCCCCCCAAAAAAAAAGGGCGGGACUCGAAACGGCAGGUUGUCAUGUCGAGCCGCAAGCAUGAGGCCAGCCUUGCCAAGCGCCAUUUCGAAGUCCUUGGCCCCUCGGGUAAGGAUCCUUUGAAGGGGUCGAAGUGGUGGGUCUGCGAUCUGAAAUUUUUAGGCAAUCUCAGUCGCAUGGAGGAACAUUUCACGAAAGGGGUUUGCGCAGUUGAGAAAUCAACGAAAACGUUGACCGCAGAGGAAAUAUUGAGAAGGAAGGAAGGAUUACGGCAGGCAAGGAUAGACGCGGGCAUGCCGAGGGACGGUGCCAAUGCCCUACUUGUUGUCACCAGUUUGGUGGCUGCUUUUACGGGCGGGGGGUUGGCAAAAGGGGCUGGCGAUGCUUGUGGCAAAGCGGCGGGCGAUGCUUGUGAUGAAGGGGUGGGCGGCAGCGGGCCAGGUAUCACGGUGCAACUCACAAGUGCAUCUACUGCACCUGCUGCACGGAUGCGACAGAUGUUGUUGGAGGAGACCAACAGUGUUGUCACAAAGAACGAGGAGACAUCAAGAAGAGUAGACCGGUGGAUGACGUGCACGAACCAACCAUUCAACAUGGUUGAGAACGAGUUCUACCUCGACAUGGUCAACGCCAUACGAGAGGCCCACCCAUCGUGGAGACCGCACUCGAGAGAGGCGGCGCGCAAUGGCCGAUUGAACGGACAACACCAGAGGGCGGUCGAGGACGUGGGAAGGUUGGCGAAGGAGUGGGCUCGCAGUUGCUGUAUGGUGCAAGUAGAUGGGUGGUCUGACCGGCGGGGAAGACCGCACGUAAACGUCAUGGUGUCCUCUCCCAUCGGCACCGUCUUUUGGAAGUCAGUGUGCGUAGCCGGAAAGGACAAAGACGCUAGUGCGUACUACAAAAUACUAACGACUGCGAUUGAGGAGAUUGGCCCAAGAAGCGUGGUUGGGGUAAUCAUGGACAAUGCCCGAAUUUGUGUGAAGGCCGGGAAGUUGGUGGAGAAAAAAUACCUGUGGAUAUUCUGGGUGGGUUGCACGGCGCAUGCCCUUGACCUCGCAUUGGAGGACAUGGACAAGCGCAUUCCGUGGUUUGCGGAAACUGUGAAGAGGGGGAAUGUGCUGGGGAAGUUCAAAAAAGCAGCAGCAAAAACGAGAAAGAGGGACGACAUCAUCGACGAUGACGGCACGAAAGCAUGUUCGUCAUCUUCAAAUUCAUCAGAGGAAGAGGAUGAUGAAGAUCAUGAUCCCAUCGACGGAAAACCGCGGAGUGCUGAGGAGGGAACUGAGCACGAGGAGGAGGAGGAGGAAGACGAGGACGAGGAGGAAGGCGAGGAGGAAGACAAGGAGGAGGAGAAAGGCGGGGGGGAAGAGGAAGGGGAGGGGGAAGAGGAAGGGGUCGCAGAGGAAGAGGGUGAGACUUCUACACGGGGAGGUGCAGAGGAUUAGGAAACUUAGGCCGAGUUGAUGCUGCUGAUAGCAGUUGACUGCAAAGUUCGCAGUUUCGCAGUUUAUCUUCUGAUGUUUGGUUAAACUUGGAACAAAGUAAGAACUGUGAA